GAUGCAGUUUUAAAAUUUGUUAAGGACCAAACGUGCGAUCUUUCUAAAAACAUUAAAAUUUGCGUUUUGCUUUAUCAGUGAUAGCGAAAUUAUUUGGUGCUUGUUUUGUUUUGAUCCGGGUGUUCGCACAGCCACAGUGGGUUAGCCGAAGACCAUGUUUCAAAUCAUCAAAACAGGGCAGACGAGAAAGCCGUCCAACCCGACGACUCUAACAUCCGAUUUACAACUGCUGGAUUUCGACCAGACAAAAUCGGCUUCGCCACCGCCUCUGAUUUUGAGGACCUACGCCAAUAGUAAGCAGUACUCGCAAGGGUCACCAAACGCUUCUGGGACCAACAACAGCGCCAAGCGACAGUUCAUCAAGGUCAACGAGGAAGUGUUUGUAAGCGAAAUCAAGAAGCGUCCGGUACUCUAUAAUACGCACCUCAAAGACUACAAACGAUUUAGUGGCCGGCACGAGGCUUGGUCCGAGGUGGCGGCGGCCGUGAAUCUGUCGGAAAAUGAAUGCAAGAAGCGGUGGCGAAGUCUUCGGGAUUCCUUCAUGAAGGUGGUCCGGAACAAGGACGAAGAGGAACGGAAGAGCUGGAUACACUACCGACUGCUGGAAUUCCUGAUGCCGUACAUUGGGAAAAAUCUUUAUUCUAGAAGCAAACGAAUCCGACCUUUGGAUUUCAGCGACCUGGACGAGGAUACCGAAUAUGUGGAGCUAGAGGACAAUAUGGAGAUCUACGAGGGCGAGCGAAGAGAACCGAUAACGGUUUCGUACGUCACGGAAGACGGAAAGGAAGUUUUCCAAAUACUACAAGAUCCGGACACGAUACCGGAAGGCACCGUUAUAGGAAUCGAGGAGACCGAAGAAGAAGACAACGGGGAAAAUGAUGAAGAAAUCGAUGGGACAGUUCACGUACUAACGGCACUACAUCAGCAACAACAUCAACAGCAGAUCGAGGAACAUACCCCGAGUACCACUUCCUUCAUUUACGAAGAACGAUUAGAUUCCACAAUUCUUGACAUCCACGAAUCCUACGGCCCAUCUAUUACUGGGAAGCAUCUGUUUGCCGAAGAAGAUCCCAACGAUAACGUGAAAGACGAAUCACUAUCGGAAGUGGACGGAUCUGAAAUUCACGUCGAGGAAAUCGAAAUGGACUCACUGAUCUCGGAACCGCCGGAAACUGAUCGCAUGAGUCCGGAACCAAUGAACGAAACAGAAAUGAUUGAAACGAUGUCUCAAACAACCAUCCAAAACGAUAAUCAGCCUUCUAAUCUCGAGCAGCAAGAAACGCAACCGAUUGCUUCUAUUUCGGUUACUUCGAAUAAUAUAGUCGAUCAAUCGAUGAUUGUGUCCUCGAUCCAACAACCCCAGCAAGUGAUGACCCCACACAUACCAGUGGAACAACCUAAAGAAGAUUGUGUUCCUUCCAGCUCCCAGAUGACCACUUUUCGUGAAUCACAAGACAGCGGAAACAGUAAAUCUCUAUGCAACGAUGCGGACGAAAGGUUUCUCCUAUCUUGUGCCCCCAUUCUUCGUCGGCUGACGAAUAAAAAGAACCAGCUGGCACGGUUAAAGAUUCAACAACUUUUGUUCGAGCUUGAGUACGAUGAGAAAUAUAGCAGUUGAUAGUUGUUGUUUUGAGAGUUUUUAA